AUGUCAAAAGCCAGGACAUUUGGCAAAAUCCUGCCCCUUCAACAACCAGUUAAUACUAAGCUCCCAGGUUAUGAUAAGAAUUGGCAAAUGGAUAGACACGUGACCAUUUGCUAUCGUUGUGGGAAUAGUGGCCAUAUUGCAAAUUUCUGUAAUGCCAAGUUGGAGGGAGGUCUGGGUUCUAGUAGAGAUGGUGAAAGCCCCAAGAAAAAUUAUUCAAAAAUCAGACUGUCUACCGUUUCUUCAGCGAGUAAGAAGAAAACCCUUAUGGUCGAGACUACUAUUAAUGGGAAAAACAAACUUUGUAUAGUUGACACUGGCGCAUCUAUUUCAUUAGUUAGUAAAGACCAGUGGCAACCUCUUAAACUGGAUGAUACCCCAUUAUUUCCAUCCGAUAUUGUUGCAGAAGCCGCUAACAAUUCUCCCAUUGGGAUUUUGGGCAAAACCACCUUGAAUGUGCAAUUUGAUGAAAACAACAAGUCAUCUCAUGACUUUUAUGUGGCUAAUGAAAUGGUGUCUGAAAUUAUUCUGGGUUUAGAUUGGUUAGUAACUAACAAAGUAAAUGUUGAUAUGGCUGAAAUGGUUUUGAAAUUCCCAGAUGGUACCACAAAACCCUUGUGUUUAUUUGAUUCAACCAUAGCAGGUCCCCUGGGCAUUGUUCUAGAUGAGGAUUUGGUUGUUCCGGCGAAACAUGAAGUUUUCAAAACUGCCAGGGUCCGAAAUCCCACUUUAAAUGAAAGCAUCUUAGAGCCUAAUAUGAACUUAUCCGGGAAAGGUGUUCUUGUAGCAAGAGUUAUUGUACAGCCAAAAGAACAGAGGGUACCCAUCCAGAUUAUUAAUCCAGGGACAUCACCUAUUAAGUUGUACAAGGGCAUGACUGUAGGGCAACUUCAGCAAGUUGAUGAUGAGUUAAGAGACCCAACAUUUAUUAAUUCAAAGUGUGGUACACCAUCUGCUGAUAAGAUCAAAUUUGAGUUAGAGCAUCUGUCGGGUGAGGAGCGAGAGAGGAUGAAAAAUUUGUUGAAUAAACACCAAGAUGUUUUCACGAAAAAUUCUAGUGAACUUGGCGUAACCACACUAGCAGAGCAUAAGAUUGAGACAGGCGAUGCCGUACCUGUUAAACAGCUGCCUCGAAGACUGCCCAAUUCUCUGAGAACCGUUGUUGAAGACCAAGUAGAAGAAAUGUUGGAAAACAACAUAAUUAAGCCGAGUAAUUCACCAUGGUCAAGUCCUAUAGUCUUAGUUCGAAAGAAAGAUGGGACAUGGCGUUUUUGUAUUGAUUUCAGGAAACUAAGUGAUGUCACAGUGAAAGAUGCUUUCCCACUUCCCCAGGUUGCUGAUUUGAUGGAUAACUUAGCUGGUCAUCAGUAUUUUUCGACACUCGACCUAGCCUCGGGAUAUUGGCAGGUUCCAGUUGACGAAUCUAGUCGGGAGAAAACAGCUUUCGUGAUUCCAGGGGGGUGGUCACUUUGA